UCCGAAUCCGAGUAUUUGGGUCGUAAUUAGCAAAGCAUUCUCUUUCUCUCUCUCUCUCCUCCAUCCUCACCCAACAACACUUUGUUGUAGAAAGAAAUGGAAAUGGAAAUGGAAAUUGAAAUGGAAAUUGAGCACUGGUCUGUUAGGGUUUAUUUUGAAAGAAAGCUAAGCUAAGCCAAGGUAAGGUCGAAAUUGAAGGCGAUCAUCAUCAUCAGCAUCAUUAUCUUCAUCAUCAUCAGCCAUGUCUCGCCAAAUGACCUCCUCCGCCUUCCACAAAUCCAAGACUCUCGACAACAAAUACAUGCUCGGAGAUGAGAUAGGGAAAGGAGCGUAUGGUCGAGUUUACAAGGGUUUGGAUUUGGAGAAUGGUGACUUUGUUGCAAUCAAACAAGUUUCUUUGGAGAAUAUUGCUCAAGAGGAUCUCAAUAUCAUUAUGCAAGAGAUUGAUUUACUGAAGAACUUGAAUCACAAAAACAUUGUGAAAUAUCUUGGAUCUUUAAAGACAAAGACUCACCUUCACAUAAUCCUAGAGUACGUGGAGAAUGGCUCACUUGCAAACAUUAUCAAGCCUAAUAAAUUUGGGCCUUUUCCGGAAUCACUGGUUGCUGUUUACAUUGCUCAGGUUUUAGAAGGCUUGGUCUAUCUACAUGAACAGGGUGUGAUCCAUCGGGAUAUUAAGGGUGCAAACAUAUUGACAACGAAGGAGGGUCUUGUGAAACUUGCUGAUUUUGGUGUUGCAACUAAACUGACUGAGGCUGAUGUUAAUACACAUUCUGUUGUUGGAACACCUUAUUGGAUGGCCCCGGAGGUGAUUGAAAUGUCAGGAGUUUGUGCUGCUUCUGACAUUUGGAGUGUUGGCUGCACUGUGAUUGAACUUCUUACAUGUGUGCCUCCUUAUUAUGAUCUACAGCCAAUGCCGGCUCUCUUUCGUAUUGUUCAGGACGAGAAUCCUCCUAUACCUGAUAGUCUAUCUCCUGACAUUACUGAUUUUCUGCGUCAAUGCUUUAAGAAGGAUGCUAGGCAAAGGCCUGAUGCGAAAACACUGCUUUCUCAUCCUUGGAUACAAAAUUCUAGGCGUGCCUUGCAAUCUUCUCUCCGUCAUAGUGGAACAUUAAGAAAUAUACAGGAAGAUGUUUCAAUGGAUGCAGAGAUCUCUAAUGGAGAUAAUCAGAGAUCUGGUGAAAGUCCUUCUGUUGAUAAAGUGGAAGUAGCUGAUCCCAACACUAAAGCUGAUUCUAGGAAAGGCGAGUUAUCAACUGAGGUUUCUGAUAUGAGCAAGUCUGAUCAAGAUCAUGCUUCAGAUACUAAUAAUAUUGAGGAAAGGGCAGCUCAUCUAGAAGAUUCAGAUCAAGUUCCCACCUUUGCCAUCCAUGAAAAGUCAUCCCUCCAAGCUGCUUCCGGCCAACAAUCUUCUAACAGGGAGGUGGCUACCUCUGAGCCUACCGAGCUUCAUGAGCUACCACAUACUAGUGCCCAUGGGGAAGUGCUGAUGAAUGGUGAUAUAGGAUCCCCUGAAUCAAGAAAGAAGGUUGUAACUGAAAAACAUGGAGGAAAAGGAAGUUCUACCCAUGUUGGGAAUAGAUCGUUGGGCUUUGGACAAAGAAGUCAAGUAAAUAAUUUUCAAAGGGCUGCAAAGAUGUCAGUCACUUCUGGGGAGAAUGAGCUAAGUAGAUUUAGUGACACUCCUGGAGAUGCAUCCUUGGAUGAUCUAUUUCAUCCAUUGGAUAAACAUCUGGAGGAUCGGGCUGCUGAAGCAUCAACAUCAGCAUCAACAUCAACAUCAUACUUGAACGAAGCCAAUGCAUCUGUAGCUGAUGCCGGGAAAAAUGACCUGGCUACAAAGUUGAGGGCUACAAUUGCUCAAAAACAAAUGGAGAAUGAAAUGGAGCAGGCAAAUGGUGGCGGUGAUCUAUUACGCCUAAUAAUGGGUGUUGUUGAGGAUAAUGUUAUGGGUAUUGAAAGUUUGGUGUUUGAUGACAGGUUGCCUGGAGAAAAUCUUUUUCCCCUCCAGGCUGUUGAGUUUAGCAGAUUAGUUGCAUCAUUGAGACCUGACGUAUCAGAAGAUGUGAUAGUGUCUGCUUGUCAGAAACUUAUUGCCAUCUUUCACCAACGCCCUGAGCAGAAAAUUGUUUUUGUGACCCAGCAUGGUCUGCUCCCUCUAAUGGAACUGCUUGACAUUUCGAAAACAGAAGUUUCUAAAACUCGUGUCAUAUGUGCUGUGCUCCAAAUUAUAAAUCAGAUAAUUAAAGAUAAUACUGAUUUCCAAGAAAAUGCCUGUCUUGUUGGAUUGAUCCCUUUAGUAAUGAGCUUUGCGGUACAUGAUCGUCCCCGGGAAGUUCGAAUGGAAGCAGCUAAUUUCUUGCAGCAGCUUUGUCAGUCAAGCUCCUUGACAUUGCAAAUGUUCAUAGCUUGCCGUGGAAUUCCAGUUUUGGUUGGAUUUCUGGAGGCUGAUUAUGCAAAGUACAGGGAAAUGGUUCAUCUAGCUAUUGACGGCAUGUGGCAGGUCUUCAAGCUUCAGCGAUCAACCCCUAGAAAUGAUUUCUGCCGAAUAGCUGCAAAGAAUGGAAUACUGCAGAGGCUUAUCAACACUCUUUACAGCUUAAACGAGGCAACUCGACUAGCGUCUGUUUCUGUUGGGGCAGUUGAUGGUUCCACUCAACGACCUCGUUCUGGUCAAUUGGACUCUAGCCAUCCGAUAUCUGUUCAAUGUGAGGCACCAGUUUCCACAACUGGUCAGUAUGAUCUUCCCAAGGUUAGGCAUGGAAUAAUUGAUCAUAUGUCAACUGGAAUGCAAGAAGCUUCACGGGCUUCAACUUCACAUUCUCAGAGAUCGGAUCCCAAUCAAUCAGAUUCACGAUACCUCCCAAUAGAUCCUGAUAGGCCUCAAUCUAGCAAUGCAGCAAUGGAAGCUUCAGUUGCUUCUAAAUUGCCAGACCCAGCAUCUUCAGAGAAAGUCACAAAUCUAUCAAUUAAGGAACCUUUAGCAAGUACAUCUAAAGAACGAGACAACUUAGACCGAUGGAAGAUUGAUCCUUCUAGAACUGAUGUUGACUUUAGACAGCAGCGUAUUGUUAAUUCUGCCAAUAGGACAUCCACAGACCGGCCUUUGAAAUUAAUUGAAAAUGCAUCAAAUGGGUUUCCUACAACAGUGACCAGUCAGCAAGAGCAAGUUCGACCUCUUCUGAGUUUGUUGGAUAAGGAACCCCCUUCCCGACGCUUUUCUGGUCAGCUUGACUAUGUGCGCCACCUGCCAGGGUUGGAGAGACAUGAGAGUGUACUGCCCCUGUUACAUGCAUCUAAUGAAAAGAAAACAAAUGGUGAUCUAGAUUUUCUGAUGGCUGAAUUUGCAGAUGUUUCUCAACGUGGAAGGGAAAAUGGAAAUCUUGAAUCUAGUGCUAGAGUUUCGCUUAAAACAGCAAAUAAGAAGGUUGGACCACUGGCAUCUAAUGAGGGACCUGCUUCGACAUCUGGAAUUGUAUCUCAGACAGCAUCAGGUGUACUAUCUGGUUCAGGUGUUCUAAAUGCUAGACCUGGGAGUGCAACAUCCUCUGGGUUACUAUCCCAUAUGGUUUCGACAUUGAAUGCAGAUGUUGCUAGGGAGUACUUAGGAAAGGUGUCGGAUCUUCUGCUUGAGUUUGCCCAAGCAGAUACAGUUGUAAAGUCAUUCAUGUGUAGCCAAAGCUUGCUAAGCUGUCUUUUCCAGAUGUUCAAUAGGGUAGAACCUCCAAUUCUUUUGAAGAUACUGAAGUGCAUCAAUCAUUUGUCAACUGAUCCAAACUGCUUAGAGAACCUUCAGCGUGCAGAAGCCAUGAAAUAUUUAAUCCCAAAUCUUGAACUCAAAGAAGGGUCCCUUGUAUCUCAAAUACAUCAUGAGGUCCUCAAUGCGCUUUUUAAUCUAUGCAAGAUAAAUAAGAGGAGACAGGAACAAGCAGCUGAAAAUGGAAUAAUUCCACAUUUAAUGCAAUUUAUUAUGUUGGAUUCUCCCUUGAAGCAGUAUGCAUUACCUUUACUGUGUGAUAUGGCUCAUGCAUCUCGUAACUCAAGGGAGCAGUUAAGGGCCCAUGGUGGGUUGGAUGUGUAUUUGAGCCUCCUUGAAGAUGAGUUUUGGUCUGUGACUGCAUUGGAUUCUAUUGCUGUUUGCUUAGCUCUUGACAAUGACAACAAGAAAGUGGAGCAAGCAUUGUUGAAAAAGGAUGCAGUUCAGAAAUUGGUGAAGUUCUUCCAACGCUGUCCAGAACAACAUUUUGUACACAUAUUGGAGCCAUUUUUGAAAAUGAUCACGAAAUCAUCUCGAAUCAAUACGACAUUAGCUGUUAAUGGUUUGACACCAUUACUCAUUGCAAGACUGGACCAUCAAGAUGCUAUAGCUCGCCUUAAUCUGCUUAAACUGAUAAAGGCUGUUUAUGAGCAUCAUCCGCGGCCCAAGCAGCUGAUUGUGGAGAAUGAUUUGCCUCAGAAGCUUCAGAAUUUGAUAGAGGAACGUAGAGAUGGGCAAAGCUCUGGGGGCCAAGUUUUGGUGAAACAAAUGGCUACUUCGUUGCUAAAAGCACUGCAUAUAAAUACCGUUUUGUAAAUAUAGGUCCUUCAAAUAUUUGUCCCCAAUAUUCUUUUCAUUUUUGCUAAACUAUAAAUAUGAGACGUAAAAUUAAUUUAAAAGAAAAAAAACAAAGGUAUAUGAGCUUGAA